AUACUUCUUCAUUUGUAGCAGCGAAUCACAGUAUUAAGGGGGAGUUUAUGUCAGUUUAAAAAUCGUUGAGGGAUAUUCAAACAGUUCGGUUGACCGGUGGGAGUCCUUACCUUUAUGUGUUGUCCGUGUAACCAAAAUGAAGUCGACGUUUCUCGCUCUCUCGCCAGCAGGAGCAGCGGUGUGAUGGUGCAGGGAGCCUCAUGCCUGACCAAGUGUGUCCUCGUACUCUCCUGUGUGUCCUGCGUCCUGCCCUCCGCCCUGCACACACUCCAGCCAGAUGAGGGCGUGGGCGCGGUGGACAAGCGGUUUGGAGGGGCGCGGGACCCCAUGCUUCAUUAUCUCCUCGUGGCCAUGGCGCACCCCGGCCCGCGCUACGCCGCCCCGCAGAUCCUGAGUCGUGGCGUGAGGAGGAUCGGAUCUGAAUUCUUAGGCAAAAGAUCCCCCCCUGGCGAGUCCCACGAACCUGAGACCUGUGAGGCGGGUGGCUGCGUCCCUGAGGCUGACAAUGACGCUGACGACCUGAAAAAGGAACAACUGAGCUUCACGGGACAGUACGACGACCAGCACGACCCCGAGGAAAUUGAGGAAGGGCCGGAUAAGAGAGCUUUGGGAGGGCUGUCACGUGGCCGCCUGGCGCGCUACCUCUCCCUCCUCCUCCACAAGAAAAUGGGUUCAGAGUUCCUUGGCAAGAGAGCAAUGGGUUCAGAAUUCUUAGGCAAACGGGCGAUGGGGUCAGAAUUCUUAGGUAAAAGAGCAAUGGGUUCAGAGUUCUUAGGUAAGCGGGCAAUGGGUUCAGAAUUCUUAGGGAAGAGGGCAAUGGGUUCAGAGUUCUUAGGCAAGCGGGCAAUGGGUUCAGAGUUCUUAGGUAAGCGGGCAAUGGGUUCAGAGUUCUUAGGUAAAAGGGCAAUGGGUUCAGAGUUUUUGGGUAAGCGAGCAAUGGGUUCAGAAUUCUUAGGCAAGCGUGCGAUGGGUUCGGAAUUCCUGGGUAAGCGAGUGAUGGGUUCAGAAUUCUUAGGCAAACGGGCAAUGGGUUCGGAAUUUUUAGGGAAGAGGGCAAUGGGUUCAGAAUUCUUAGGUAAGCGAGCAAUGGGGUCAGAAUUCUUAGGUAAGCGAGCAAUGGGGUCAGAAUUCUUAGGGAAGAGGGAGUCAUGGGAGGAAGGGCCGCGGCAGAGGAUGGAGGAGGAGGAAGAGGAGCAUGAGAAGGAGGAGGAGGAGGCGCUGUCUGCUUGAGGUGGCAUCUUCGCCCUCUCCCUUCCCUCUCCCUGAGCGGUCAUGCCGUGUAACCCUCUCGAGGCUACCGAACACCCUUGCUCUCCCUGAUCACGCGGGGGCAGCACUCCGACACCUCGUCCACACCUGACAAAUAUUCCCAAUCUCUCUACGGGCAUGCGGUCCCUGAGUGAAGGCUCUCGGCUGUAGCUUCAAAACUAACCACGGGGUGUUCUGAAAAAUGUUCUCAUUGUGAUUCCCAUUCAAAAUUACCCUAAGUGACUACAACUUAACCUGACCUAACCUAACCUACCCAACCCUACCCUAACCAAACCUAACCUAUACUGACCUACUCUAACAAAACCUAAUCUAACAUGACCUGAACUGUUCAAGUGUGCGCCACAUACCCGUACAGAAAAAGGAAAUACCACCCCCGCUCUGACACACCCUUAUCCCCACGAGGAAGCCCUCCCCCCCACGCGAGGAGGAGUGGAGGGGACGGCGCCUCGAAAUAGUCUUUUAUUGCUGGGCUUUCCGCCACGAGAAAUGCUACUACUACUACUACUACUACUACUACUACUACUACUACUACUACUAUCACCACUACUGCAGACAUUAUAUGUAUGAAAUUUACAAGGGGCAGUUGGUAGGCGCGAGUAUAUCAGAACAAAAUAUAUAUACAGACAUCUUAUAUCAGAACAACUGAAGAAGAUUAUGAAAAAAUGUAAAAGGAGAACACGAAGGCACUUUUUUCAUAAAAACCUAUGAAUAUAAAGAGCAAUAAUAAGCCUCAUCCUCAACCACUAACGUUAUUUACACCCUACAUAAUUAUAUCUCUCUCCAUAGUGCAGUACGCAUAGGAUUAACCCAGGCAGGCAUUGUAUUUCACUGUGCAAUCAUCAUAAAACAACUACCAGAUGUUUUGCCCCGAACUCACAUAACGAUUAAUGAGGCAGAACAAAAGUGAAACUAGACAGCCGAUAGAACGCAUUUACGAAAAACGCAUUAGAACAGACCACCUUUUUCAUGCGAAACUCAAUAAUCUUAAACACGUACAGAAAAUAAAUUAGGCAAAGGCAAUACAGCGCAAAUCUAAAGAAAAAAACGCAUUAGAAACCAACUCCCUUCUUCCGCGAGCGUGUAUAGAUGGAAUGAGAUUAUUACAGAUUUGAUUUUUAGCUCAGUUAUUUCUUUUCCUAUUGUUACUUUUUUAUAACAUUUUAGACUCGUACAGGAAUUUUCCGGCUUACGAUUUGUAGUUAGUUUAGUUUAGUUUCAUAGCGAAGAAUAUAAUGAAAAAAAAAUUGUAAAAUGAGAAGACGAAAGCAUUUUUUUUUUUUAUAUAGAAACCUACGAAUAUGAGGCGCGAUAACCCUCGUCCUUAACAACUAAGAGAAAAGAAUCUAAACAAAGUCAAGACAACGCGUACACAAAGAGGAAAAAACGCAUUAGAACCAACUCCCGUCUUCCGCCAGUGUACCUGUUUAAGAUAAUUUUACAUUCCAAGCACACCCGGAGAGAGCUUCGACCUGAGGAUUUCUUAAUUACCAGCACGCGAAGAGGAGGAGGAGGAGGAGGAGGAGGAGGCGGCGAAGUGACAUUAGCGUGAUAGAGAAGAGUUUAGAUCUAGAUUUUUCAUAAUGUAGAAGCACUCCCGGACAACUACGACGGAGUUUCUUAACUAUGCACAGAUUAAAAACUGUAGCAACGACGGCGAUUUUCUUGUUUUGUUUAUCCGGCUUCCACUUUGAUCUCUAGGGCUGAAGAAGAAGAAGAAGAAGAAGAGGAGUCGUUGUUAAUGAGAGAAACAGGUUAAGGGUCAAACAUUAACCCCAAACACAACGUUGCUAUGAAACUAAACUAAACUAACUACAAAUCGUACGCCGGAAAACUCCUGUACGAGUCUAAAAUGUUAUAAAAAAGUAACAAUAGGAAAAAAAAACUCUGAGCUAAAAAUCAAGUCUGUAAUAAUCUCAUUCCAUCUAUACACGCUACAAAGUAUGUAUAAAAACGAAAAGGAGACAGAAUGGCGAGCUGAGAGAUAUAAUAAUUAAUGAACCAAAAACGAAACAGUGGAAUACGCAAUGCAAAUAUAAGGAAUUCAAUCUUGUGUCAGCCACUCAAAGAUGUGAAAGUAAAUGAACUAAGAAAUGUAUUAAUAAAGGAACUAAAACAUGUAUUAAUUAAUGAACGAAGAUGAACCAGGGAAAUACGAAAUGCAAAUAAAAAUAAAUAAAUCUUGUAUCGUCCACUCAAAGAUGUAAAAAUAAAUGAACUAAGAAAUGUAUUAAUUAAUGAGCUAAAAGAUGUAAAAAAAAAAUAGAUGAACUAGAGAAUAAUAAAUGGCAAUAAAUAAACGAAAGGCGAACUAAAAGAUGUACAAAUAAAUUAACUUAAAAAUGUAUUAAUAAAUGAAUUAUAAAAUCUAAUAAUAUAUGAUCUAAAAGAAAAAAAAAAUUAUCACAAAUUAACUAAAAGAUACGGAAAUAAACGAACUAAGACAUAUAACAAUAAAUGAUCCAAAAAACUAACACAUUAACUACCCAAUGCCAAUAUAUGGAAUCCAAUCUUAUAUCACCCACCCCCUUCCUCUGCCCCGACCCCAAGGAGAGCCUGUGAAGCGCGGGGCCGCAACGGAGGGUUCAUGUAAAUAGCAAAUUCAUCAGUAAUAAAAAUAAAGGAAGGGAAAAAA